UGCGGCUGCAGUGUAGUCUAGUGGGUAGGGUGUGGGCAGGAAAUGAGUAGAACCGUAGAAGAAGAAGCGGGCUUGUGAAAUGUGAAACUCAACUUCCUUGUUCAAAUCGAUUUUGCUACCGCCAAAAGAUAGAAAUGAAGACAUCCGUUGUUACAUCGCAGUCGAUGGAAAGCCAAUUAUAGGGCAAAAAGGAGAAGAACCUAAAAUCAAUGGAGCGAGGGAUGAUAAGCGUGGAUCAGUGGAGUGAAAGGAGUCAGGCCUAUUUCCUGACUCAUCUCCAUUCAGAUCACACCAAGGGCUUAUCUUCCCAGUGGAGCAAAGGCCCACUCUUCUGUUCUCCCGUUACAGCUAAGCUUUUUCCCGUUAAAUUUCCCGAGUUCGACUUCUCAUUGCUUAGGGUUUUGGAAAUCGGUUCAUCCCAUUUGCUUUCUUUGGUCUCUCCUACCACUGGAUCGAAGACUACGGUUCAGGUCACAGCCAUUGAUGCUCAUCAUUGCCCUGGGGCUUCAAUGUAUUUGUUCCAAGGUGAAUUCGGCUGUGUGCUAUAUACAGGUGAUUUCCGUUGGGAAGCAACCAGUGAAAGGGCUAAGCUAGGGAAGGACAAGCUCCUCAAUGCUCUUGGGAAUGACAAAGUGGACCUUCUUUACAUAGACAACACAUAUUGUAAUCCAUUUUAUUCCUUCCCCCCUCGAGAAGUUGCUGCUCAGCAGGUUGUUGACAUUAUUGAGUCUCACCCCGAACAUGAUAUCAUCAUUGGAAUUGACACCCUGGGAAAAGAAGAUCUACUACUUCACAUCUCACGGACUCUAAAAACAAAGAUCUGGGUGUGGCCAGAACGCCUGCAAACGAUGCACCUUCUUGGCUUAUAUGACAUCUUCACAACCGAUACUUCUCUUACUAGGGUGCGUGCUGUACCUCGUUACAGCUUUAGCAUUGAUACUCUUGAGGGACUAAAUUCAAUGCGCUCAACUAUUGGCAUCAUGCCCUCUGGUCUUCCAUGGGUGUGGAGAUCCCUUGAAGAGAAUGCUGAUUCUCCUGCUUCUUUCUCAAUUUGCCAUAGUGCUGGAAGCAAAGGGAGUACAAGUGAUGGGCUUCAUGUUGAUAGAUGCCAGUUGAACUCAAAGUCAAGCUCUGCCCGAAGAUAUCAUCCUUAUGCAUAUUCAGUUCCAUACUCUGAUCACUCUUGCUUUGGUGAGAUAGAGGAGUUUAUUAAGCUUGUCCAGCCUUCCAAAAUAAGAGGAAUAGUUUCUUCAUCAUUUAGUUACACCAAUCCCCUUUACCAUUUUUCCCACCUCUGUGGAGUAAGUCAAUUGCCUGAGCAGUUGGGCAAAAAAGUUCAAAAAGAAGAAGAAAAUGCCAGAACUGUCCAAACCAAAUCUGCCAUUGGAUGCAGCGAGUACAGAGAGACAAAACCAAAAAGAGAUAGGACCCUGAAGGCGGGUAAUUUACGUGUGUACAGGAGCAGGAUAAGUGUGCUUAGACGAGUAAGAUGUGGUGCGAAGAUUGUAGAAAUGGAUAAUAUUGAUUGAUCGGAUUUAAAUGCUACAAUCAUGUACCAUGAAUAUAGAAAGUAAAGUAGUGUUGUAUGCAUUCAA